AUGAACAAUUAUUUGACAAAUCGGCUUCCGACAGUGGAAUGCUGUGCAUGUUCUGAACGACAGGGUGAACGAUGUCCUAGCGAUAGUUGCCUACGAAAAUGCCGUGGUAACUACUGCGUGGUUGAUUUCGACGGAAUCGAGCAGGAAGUGAAGUUGUCAAGAAUUCGUGUAGAGACCACUGUUUUCGGUUAUUUCAAGCAGAAAAUUGCAAAGUUCUAUCUCAUUGCUCAUGUGUCAAGUUCUCCAGUUGCUUUUGAUACCAUCGAAGCGGUAAUGCUUGGCUGUGGACUCGGAUUUCCUCGAUUGCAAUCCUUCCUCCGUAUGAACAACUACUUAGAUUAUCAAGGCUCUCCCAUCUGCGCCAGGUAUGUUUAAAC